UUGACACGGGCAGAUGUAGCUCAUUUCAAUAACCUACGCUAACUUUAGACCCAGAAAAUAUCUCAUAUUUGUGAAAGUGUUUGGAUGCUUACUGACUUUGUCAAAACUUGGAGUUACCACUCUGGUGGGAUGAAGGAUAGAGAGAGUUUCUAACGUUUUGCUGGGACUCCUAAAAACAGGCAGCAGCCAAAUUUUUGACUACAAGGAUGACUUCCAGCGUGACCCCGCAGCAACUGUCUACCUCCAUGAUCACUCAGAACAACACACCAACCACUAAAUCUGAGCCUGAAUCUUCAGAGUUUCGCAUUACCCUCAUGGUCAUCUACUCUGUAGUUCUGCUGUGCGGUACUGUCAGCCUGAGCCUGAUGAUGCACAUCUUGAAGUCCAGUGCUGCAUCUGCCACCUCCAUUACCGUGUUUAAUCUAAUUUUUGCCCACUUCAUCUUCCUUCUGACAGUGCCCUUCAGAAUUUACUAUUACGUAACCAACGAGUGGAAGUUGGGCAUCGAGUGGUGUAAAACGGUGAGCGCGAUGAUCCACAUUCACAUGUAUGUGUCUUUUUUGCUCUACAUGAUCAUCCUCGUCACUCGCUUGUGGCCACACUACUGCAGGGCUAGGCAGGUGGAAUCCUUAGGCAGAAUGCAAGCACUCAUUGGCAGUGUAGUGUUGUGGGUCAUUGUGCUCAUCGUAGUCUCUUGCAUCAUUUUUCGUUUUUAUGGCAAGACAGAAGAAAAUAAAAAUUCCACUCAUUGCUUUCAUUUUGCAGAAAGCAUGAAUUCUGCCAAAGAGCUGAACUACAUAUUAAGCAUACUGGUGAUAGUGGUAGGUGUUGUGUUGACAGCCCUUCAGGCCAACGUCCUGUGGACUCUAUACAAAAGGGAUCGCCAGGGAUGCAGGUCUCAGCAAGACUUUGGGGCUCAACUGAAGAGCCUCUGCUUCACACUGAUCAUGCUAAUCUGCUUCGUUCCCUACCAUAGUUUCCGGCUGUAUUACAUUGGGCAACCUGAGCUUGAACCUGUCAAUGAAGUCUUACUGAGCCUGACCACUUUCAACUGUUUGGACAUGUUGACCUUCUUGGGGAGGAGAACACUCCACAUAUGCUUAAGAAGUAGGACUGUGUGAACACAACGUCUACAAUAACUGCAGAUGUGCAUACAGGAGACAAACUGAUAUAAGAUGUUGGCAUGUGUUUCUUUUUUAUAUUUCUUGUUGAUCUACAUGAUUAGUGAAUUUAUUUGAUAUCAAAUUAUGAUCAUUUUGCCUGCUUCAUUAUCUAACCCAGCGUUUCCCAACCUUGGUCCUCAAGGCACACUGCCCUACAUGCUUUAGAGGUUUCCCUGCUUUAAUGUGCCCGAUUCAACUGAUUGCAGU